AUGGUACCCGUCACAACAGAUACCAAUGAGCAGAGACGUGAAUUGGAUCGCCUUCAAGCUGUGCUUUAUCCAGAGAGACAGCAGCUUGGGAAGACAGAGGCUCAGCAUCCCCAAAUAGCUGCCUGCUUUCUGAUCUCCAGUGACCACCUCUUACAGGAGAUUAGGACCAAGGUAGCCAUUAUUCCAAAGUUUAGUGUCAUCCCUCCGGCCUCAUGCGAUGGAUGGGCAGACAGAGAUGAAGUCAUUGAAGGUUAUGAAGUGGAAGCCAACGGAGGAAUCACAAUAAAGCUGCAGUCUCCAGAGGUCAGGUCAUUCGAUGACUACUUCCUGAAGCUGAGGCUAGAUACCAACACAAGGAAUCCUUGGUUCCCCGAGUUCUGGCAACAUCGCUUCCAGUGUCGCCUACCUGGACACCUUCUGGAAAACCCCAACUUUAAAAAAAUCUGCACAGGCAAUGAAAGCCUAGAAGAAAACUAUGUCCAGGACAGUAAAAUGGGGUUUGUCAUCAAUGCCAUCUACGCCAUGGCCCAUGGCCUGCAGAACAUGCACCACGCUCUGUGUCCUGGCCAUGUGGGCCUGUGUGACGCCAUGAAGCCUAUUGAUGGCAGGAAGCUCCUGGAUUUCCUCAUCAAAUCCUCCUUUGUGGGCGUGUCUGGAGAGGAGGUGUGGUUCGAUGAAAAGGGGGAUGCUCCUGGAAGGUAUGACAUCAUGAAUCUGCAGUACACUGAAGCUAAUCGCUAUGACUAUGUCCACGUGGGAACCUGGCAUGAAGGCGUGCUGAACAUCGAUGAUUACAAAAUCCAGAUGAACAAAAGUGGCAUGGUCCGCUCUGUGUGCAGCGAGCCUUGCUUAAAGGGUCAGAUUAAGGUCAUCCGGAAAGGAGAAGUGAGCUGCUGCUGGAUCUGCACAGCCUGCAAAGAGAAUGAGUUUGUGCAAGAUGAGUUCACCUGCAGAGCCUGUGACCUGGGGUGGUGGCCCAAUGCAGAGCUGACAGGCUGUCAGCCCAUUCCCGUCCGUUACCUCGAGUGGAGUGACAUAGAAUCUAUCAUAGCCAUUGCCUUUUCUUGCCUGGGCAUCCUCGUGACUCUGUUUGUCACCCUCAUCUUUGUGCUGUACCGGGACACACCUGUGGUCAAAUCCUCCAGCAGAGAGCUCUGCUAUAUCAUUCUGGCUGGCAUCUUCCUGGGCUAUGUGUGCCCUUUCACCCUUAUCGCCAAACCUACCACCACAUCCUGCUACCUCCAGCGCCUCCUGGUCGGCCUCUCUUCCGCCAUGUGCUACUCUGCGUUAGUCACCAAAACCAAUCGUAUUGCACGCAUCCUGGCCGGCAGCAAGAAAAAGAUCUGUACCCGGAAACCUAGGUUCAUGAGCGCUUGGGCCCAGGUGAUCAUUGCCUCCAUUCUCAUAAGUGUCCAGCUGACACUAGUGGUGACCUUGAUCAUCAUGGAGCCUCCCAUGCCCAUUUUGUCCUACCCGAGUAUCAAGGAAGUCUACCUUAUCUGCAAUACCAGCAACCUGGGUGUAGUGGCCCCCGUGGGCUAUAAUGGGCUCCUCAUCAUGAGCUGUACCUACUAUGCCUUCAAGACCCGCAACGUGCCCGCCAACUUCAAUGAGGCUAAAUACAUCGCCUUCACCAUGUACACUACUUGCAUCAUCUGGCUGGCUUUCGUGCCCAUUUACUUUGGGAGCAACUACAAAAUCAUUACUACCUGCUUCGCAGUGAGCCUCAGUGUGACCGUGGCCCUGGGGUGCAUGUUCACUCCCAAGAUGUACAUCAUUAUUGCCAAGCCCGAGAGGAAUGUCCGCAGUGCCUUCACCACCUCUGAUGUAGUCCGCAUGCACGUUGGUGAUGGCAAGCUGCCCUGCCGCUCCAACACCUUCCUCAACAUUUUCCGGAGAAAGAAGCCGGGGGCAGGGAAUACCAAUUCUAACGGCAAGUCUGUGUCAUGGUCUGAACCAGGUGGAAGACAGGCGCCUAAAGGGCAGCAUGUGUGGCAGCGCCUCUCUGUGCACGUGAAGACCAACGAGACGGCCUGCAACCAAACGGCCGUGAUCAAACCCCUCACUAAAAGUUACCAAGGCUCUGGCAAGAGCCUGACCUUUUCAGACGCCAGCACCAAGACCCUUUACAAUGUGGAGGAAGAGGACAACACCCCUUCGGCUCGCUUCAGCCCUCCCAGCAGCCCUUCAAUGGUGGUGCACAGACGUGGACCACCUGUGGCCACCACGCCGCCCCUGCCACCCCACCUGACCGCAGAGGAGACUCCCCUGUUCUUGGCGGAUUCUGUCAUCCCCAAGGGCUUGCCUCCUCCUCUUCCGCAGCAGCAACAGCCUCCACCCCCUCAGCAACCCACGCAGCAGCCCAAAUCCCUGAUGGACCAGCUGCAAGGCGUGGUCACCAACUUUGGAGCUGGGAUCCCGGACUUCCACGCGGUGCUGGCAGGCCCGGGGACACCGGGGAAGGGGCAGGGCUCGCUGUAUCCGCCCCCGCCUCCCCCGCAACACCUGCAGAUGUUGCCCCUGCAGCUGAGCACCUUCCGAGAGGAGCCCAUCUCCCCUCCCGGAGAGGAUGACGAUGAUGACAGUGAGAGGUUCAAGCUCCUGCAGGAGUUCGUGUACGAGCGCGAAGGGAACACAGAGGAAGACGAACUGGAAGAGGAGGAGGACCUGCCUGCAGCCAGCAAACUAACCCCUGAAGAUUCGCCUGCCCUGACGCCUCCUUCUCCUUUCCGAGACUCGGUGGCCUCUGGCAGUUCUGUACCCAGCUCCCCAGUGUCUGAGUCAGUGCUCUGCACCCCUCCAAACGUGACCUACGCCUCUGUCAUCCUGAGGGACUACAAGCAAAGCUCUUCCACCCUGUAGGGAGGAAGUGUGCAUGGAAAAACCCAGAAAUGCCAAGGAACGUCAACCCCUCUUGAAAGGUGUGGAAAGCUGGGAGAAGCUCGGAGAUGGAGGACCACAGUCUGUAGAAGAUAAAGAAUGCGGCGGCUGCCUUAAAGAAGGAGAGGAAAGAUGCCAAGUGAACAGUGGUCCGGGCCAGGAUUGUGACUCUUGAAUUAUUCAAAAACCUUCUCUAGGAAGAAAGGGAAUUAUGACAAAGCACAAUUCCAUAUGGUAUGUAACUUUUAUCGGGAAAAAAUAAUAAAACGUAAAAAUAAAAUCAACAAAAAUAAUCUCUUCUUUUGCUCAAUCGUGCAUACAUAUAUCUGCCCACACUCUCUUGGUGAAGCUAGAAACGGAGCGGCCCCUGUCAUGGUGUCAGCUGAAUCAUUUGUUCAUCUCACAACAUUCCUGGUGAGUGGAUAUGGAUAGGACAGGACAGGAUGUAGGGACAUUGUUGGGACAACAGCUCCCAUCGCAGAAGCCCUUCUCUGUGCUAAGCCUGCAGACUCCUGGACUAAGGGAGACCCAGGAACUGAUCUUAUAAGGUUCCCUUUUCAUUGUUGUGAUCCAGUGCCAGUCUGCAGACACCCUGGGGUAAAGGCACAGUAACAACUUGAAUUUCUGUAAUUCCCUCUGGUUAGGGAAAAUGAAAGUAUGAGCAAAAUCAUCACCAAAAUGAGCUAUAUUGGAAGUGCUAUGGGGAAAAAUCUGAAAAGCAAGACAAUAGAUCCCCACAGGUCCUUGAGCAAGAUUAACAGAAUGAGCUUUGUAGAUUCCAUACGUGUUGAUAACUUUGGGAAGGAGGAUGAACAUAAGGGGUGUCAGAGAUGUUUUGUGAACUCACUUAUGCUGUGCCAACCAGGUUCUUCAAUGCUCUUCAGCAAACGAGGACAAGCCACGUUGCCAAGAUUCACCUUCCAUUUACUGUAGCAAAUAAUACCAAUCAGUCGGACUUCUGAGAUUCAGUAUAAGUACAAUGUGGUGCCACAGUUUUUCCCAUGUGCUAUGGAAACAAAUCUAUCUUUGGACCUAAUGGUGUACUCAUAGCAACAAUUACUGGUUUAAAUUAUUUCCUAUUGUCACUGGAGUCCCUGGAACUAGCAACUGAAUGUCUUUCCUGUGUUCCUUGUAUACAUGUGAUUAUAAAACUUGUGCCAUGUAAUGUCAAUCUAGAUG